CCUUCACCGCAUUUCGACCAAGAAAGCUUCGGCAUUCGGCGACAAAAAUGAACAUGAAAACCGCGUUCUGUUUUGCGAUACUGCUCUUUUUAGGACUUCAUGUUGAUGCCCGGUUCGAUCUCCUGCCCAUGGAUGCAGAUAUAGAAUGUGGCUCGUGCUUGGAAGCUUCGAGGAAAGUUGGGAAAGCAUUGAACAACCUGAAGAUGUUUGAGCAAGUCAGUUUGCUAUCUAUCCAAGCUUGUGAAGCUCUUCCAGUUGAUUUAGAAAUCGAGUGUUUGAAGACAACGGGAGACUACAUUCAGCGCACACGCUUGCUACUGAAAGAUUUCUUUCAUGAAGAAAGCCUUUGCAAUGGCACAGGAGUUUGCAUCAACGAAACCGGAGUCCCUGCUAGCAAUGGAAUUUUCAUAGAGGGCGUGAAUGAAAGGACACCGUUGGAGGAGAAAACUUGUUCAGCAUGUCGCCGGACUGUCAAGGAUGUAAUUUGGAAACUAAGGGAUCCUAGAAUGAAGACCAAGCUGACCAAAGUUUUGAUUGACUACUGUGAAGAAUCAGAAGAGCGUGAAGAUCAAUGCAAACAAACAAUUUAUAGGUAUGGAUCUAUUGUCUUGAACAAGCUGGAACGUCUGAAACCUUAUGACUUGUGCUUAAUGUUGGGCUUCUGUGAUGAGGAGAUAGCUUUUUGAACAGAACAGGAAUUCAAAAUAUAGCUAUUUGAUUAAUGUAUCGAGAAUAACCAAGGAGAUUCUGGACUUGGGACAUUUGAAUAAUAUAGAUUGUACCUUACGUAUCUGUUCUAGUUGUUCAUAAUAAAAUUGUCAGUGCAAAGGCUAGUUAUAUUUUUAAAAUUACCCUUUCCUUUUAGCCAUCUGGUAUACAUCUAUCUGUUUUAACAUGAAAGACAUGGAUUGUAUGCAAAAGAAGAUUCUUCAACAGGUGUUGCAUUCAAAUA